UUCUUCUGCAGACAUUCAGUGUUUGUCGUCUUCAUCAUGAUCACCAUCAUCUCUCUGCUCCUGCUGGCCUCUCUGCUGCCACACCUGACCUUCGCUGUGAUCAAUGGCAAGGAGGCCAUCCCCCACUCCAGACCUUACAUGGUUUCUCUUCAGAAAAACUCUCAACAUACCUGCGGCGGAUUCCUAAUUUCUAAUGAGUUUGUCUUGACUGCUGCACAUUGUGGAAAAAAAGAAGAGCUGACAGUUGUGGUUGGUGCACAUGACCAACGAAAAGGAGCUGUCCACAUUAAAGUGAAGUCCUAUUACAGACAUCUGGAUUAUAGUGAAGAAUCUUGGCAGAAUGACAUCAUGCUUUUGAGGGUAACAAAUUGCAUUUAUACCAGUUGUUCAAAAUGAUUUAAACACAUGCCAACACACGUAAACACACGUUACAGUAAAGGCAACACACACACACACAUGCAAAACAGCAUCUCUUCAGUGUACUGAGUUUGUGGUGACAAUAAAUGGGUUAUUCCCACAUACCUGAUCAUCUGUGGUAAAGUCUCUAACCGGACACUCUGUAGUGGGUCUGUUAUCAGCCAGCAAAUUCACAUAAUCAAAGAAGAGCUACCAGUAGCCACUCAUUUUUACAGUUGGUGUCAUAUGGUGUUGGGUCAUCUGAAAUCUUCAUAAGAAGUUUAAAGGGUACAUAACAUGCACAGUUUCAGCCAAUCUCAUGUUAAUCUUGAGUACCUAUAGACCCAGAUAGCAACAUUGUGUCUGCCUAGAUCCGGCCCACAUCUGGCACAUGUGGAAUGAUGAUCUGGCCCACAUGCUGCACUGAAUUACUGCCCUUGUGUGGGCCACUUCUGUUUGCCAGAUCUGGGCCACAAGCAAGCCACAGCAAUGCCACAUGUCAGCCAAGUCCGUACAAUGAAUUCCACCCUUUAUUACAUAAUAAAGUGCCAUGCUCGAAAAAAACCUGUCCAAAAUCUGUAUGAAAUCUGAAGAGUAUUUUUGGCACAGAAAUACUCCGUCAUACGUCCAACUCGUUUUUUUUUUUUUUUUUUUAAACUUCGGCCAUGUUUAGCAUGAUAAUCCAACUCUUUAACAAUGUAAAU